UACGGAGGCUAGGAGGCUGGGGGAGGGAGUAAGGGAGGGCACAUACUGAGUGCGAGUCGCCAGCCUCUUCCUGCCUGCCUCUGUCUUUCCAGUCAUCAGUCCCAUCCCAGGAGCCUUCCAGGACUCAGCUGUCAGUCCUAUCCAGGAAGAACCUGAAGAUCUGGACUGCGGGCGCCGUGAGCCCUCGGCCCGCAUCGUGGGGGGCUCAAACGCACAGCCGGGCACCUGGCCUUGGCAAGUGAGCCUGCACCAUGGAGGUGGCCACAUCUGCGGGGGCUCCCUCAUCGCCCCUUCCUGGGUCCUCUCCGCUGCUCACUGUUUCAUGACGAAUGGGACGCUGGAGCCCGCGGCCGAGUGGUCGGUACUGCUGGGCGUGCACUCCCAGGACGGGCCCCUGGACGGCGCGCACACCCGUGCAGUGGCCGCCAUUGUGGUGCCAGCCAACUACAGCCAAGUGGAGCUGGGCGCCGACCUGGCCCUGCUGCGCCUGGCCUCACCCGCCAGCCUGGGCCCCGCCGUGUGGCCUGUCUGCCUGCCCCGCGCCUCACACCGCUUCGUGCACGGCACCGCCUGCUGGGCCACCGGCUGGGGAGACGUCCAGGAGGCAGAUCCUCUGCCUCUCCCCUGGGUGCUACAGGAAGUGAAGCUAAGGCUGCUGGGCAAGGCCACCUGUCAAUGUCUCUAUAGCCAGCCCGGUCCCUUCAACCUCACUCUCCAGAUAUUGCCAGGGAUGCUGUGUGCUGGCUACCCAGAGGGCCGCAGGGACACCUGCCAGGGUGACUCUGGGGGGCCCCUGGUCUGUGAGGAAGGUGGCCGCUGGUUCCAGGCAGGAAUCACCAGCUUUGGCUUCGGCUGUGGACGGAGAAACCGCCCUGGAGUUUUCACUGCCGUGGCUACCUAUGAGGCAUGGAUACGGGAGCAGGUGAUGGGUUCAGAGCCUGGGCCUGCCUUUCCCACCCAGCCCCAGAAGACCCAGUCAGAUCCCCAGGAGCCCAGGGAGGAGAACUGCACCAUUGCCCUGCCUGAGUGCGGGAACGCCCCGCGGCCAGGGGCCUGGCCCUGGGAGGCCCAGGUGAUGGUGCCAGGAUCCAGACCCUGCCAUGGGGCGCUGGUGUCUGAAAGCUGGGUCUUGGCACCUGCCAGCUGCUUUCUGGACCCCAGCAGCUCCGACAGCCCGCCCCGCGACCUCGACGCCUGGCGCGUGCUGCUGCCCUCGCGCCCGCGCGCGGAGCGGGUGGCGCGCCUGGUGCAGCACGAGAACGCCUCGUGGGACAACGCCUCGGACCUGGCGCUGCUGCAUUUGCGCACGCCCGUGAACCUGAGCGCGACUCCGCGGCCCGUGUGCCUACCCCACCCGGAACACUACUUCCUGCCCGGGAGCCGCUGCCGCCUGGCCCGCUGGGGCCGCGGGGAACCCGCGCUUGGCCCAGGCGCGCUGCUGGAGGCGGAGCUGUUAGGCGGCUGGUGGUGCCACUGCCUGUACGGCCGCCAGGGGGCGACAGUGCCGCUGCCGGGAGACCCGCCGCACGCGCUCUGCCCUGCCUACCAGGAGGAGGAGGAGGUGGGCAGCUGCUGGAAUGACUCGCGUUGGAGCCUUUUGUGCCAGGAGGAGGGGACCUGGUUUCUGGCUGGAAUCAGAGACUUCCCCAGUGGCUGUCUACGUCCCCGAGCCUUCUUCCCUCUGCAGACCCAUGGCCCAUGGAUCAGCCAUGUGACUCGGGGAGCCUACCUGGAGGACCAGCUAGCCUGGGAUUGGGGCCCUGAUGGGGAGGAGACUGAGACACAGACUUGUCCCCCACACACAGAGCAUGGUGCCUGUGGCCUGCGGCUGGAGGCUGCUCCAGUGGGGGUCCUGUGGCCCUGGCUGGCAGAGGUGCAUGUGGCUGGUGAUCGAGUCUGCACUGGGAUCCUCCUGGCCCCAGGCUGGGUCCUGGCAGCCACUCACUGUGUCCUCAGGCCAGGCUCUACAACAGUGCCUUACAUUGAAGUAUAUCUGGGCCGAGCAGGGGCCAGCUCCCUCCCACAGGGCCACCAGGUAUCCCGCUUGGUCAUCAGCAUCCGGCUGCCCCGGCACCUGGGACUCAGGCCCCCCCUGGCCCUCCUGGAGCUGAGCUACCGGGUGGAGCCCUCCCCAUCAGCCCUGCCCAUCUGUCUCCACCCGGCGGGUAUCCCCCCGGGGGCCAGCUGCUGGGUGUUGGGCUGGAAAGAACCCCAGGACCGAGUCCCUGUGGCUGCCGCUGUCUCCAUCUUGACACAACGAAUCUGCCACUGCCUCUAUCAGGGCAUCUUGCCCCCUGGAACCCUCUGUGUCCUGUAUGCAGAGGGGCAGGAGAACAGGUGUGAGAUGACCUCAGCACCGCCCCUCCUGUGCCAGACGACGGAAGGCUUCUGGGUCCUCAUGGGCAUGGCUGUUCAAGGGAGCCGGGAGCUGUUUGCUGCCAUUGGUCCUGAAGAGGCCUGGAUCUCCCAGACAGUGGGAGAGGCCCACUUCCUGCCCCCCAGUGGCUCCCCACACUGGCCCACUGGAGGCAGCAACCUCUGCCCCCCAGAACUGGCCAGGGCCUCGGGAUCCCCGCGUGCAGUCCACUUCCUGCUCCUGCUGACUCUCCUGAUCCAGAGCUGAGGGGCUAGGGUCCCAGCACCACUUCCCCCUUCUCCGCCCUCUACUUCCCACCCAGUAGGUCUGGAAUGUGGCCCAGCCAGCUGGGACCUCAAGGGCCCCACCCACCGAGAUUGCAGCGGCUCUGGCUAAUUGGGCCUCAGUGCCCAGGCUAUUUUGAACCCAGGAAUCCUUGGGGGUGGUGGGAGGAGCGGACAAUAAAGGUGUAAACACAGGU